GGCAGUAGCGACCAUGGGGAGCAGGGGGGGAACUUUUUAUACUGACAUGUUAGCACUAUGACUUUUGACUAAGACUUAACUGGGGCCAGGCUCCGGGCGUGAGGAGCGUACAAGGGCUCUUUUUUUUCGGGAUCAAAAAGGAGGACUCGACUUCUCGCCCCGAGGGGGGAAAAAAAAAAAUCACCAAGAAACGAGUUCCAUUGAAAGUAUACGCGGCGGCAAGUCGAGUUCAGCCCUUUGGAUUGAAGAUGAGCUUAUUGUCUGCCAUAGACACGAGUGCCUCCGUGUACCAGCCUGCGCAACUCCUCAACUGGGUCUAUCUCUCCUUGCAAGACCCCCACCACCAGACCAGCGCCUUUGACGCCUUCAGACCCGAACCCAACUCUUCCCACCCGGAUCUCAACUUCAGCAAGAGUCCUGCCUCGGCCGAAUUGAGCUCUUCCCUCAACUCCAACUAUCUCAACAACUUCUUUCAGCUGCAGCGCAAUGAGGCCUUAAACAACAAUGUGUAUAAGAAUGUAUCACCUUAUGGCUCCCUGAACAACAUCGUGGAUGGACUCAACUCGCUGACGGACCACUUCUCAGACCUUUCCUUGUCAUCAGAGCCAAGAAAGCCCAACAAGAGACCGCCGCCAAAUUAUUUGUGCCACCUGUGCUUCAACAAGGGUCAUUACAUCAAAGACUGCCCUCAGGCCCGCCCCAAAGGAGAAGGCCUGACCCCCUACCAGGGAAAGAAGAGAUGCUUUGGCGAGUACAAAUGUCCAAAAUGUAAGAGGAAGUGGAUGAGCGGCAACUCGUGGGCCAACAUGGGACAAGAAUGUAUCAAGUGCCACAUUAACGUCUAUCCACACAAGCAGCGUCCGUUGGAGAAGCCGGACGGCCUGGACGUGUCCGACCAGAGCAAAGAGCACCCGCAACACCUGUGUGAGAAAUGUAAAGUCCUGGGUUACUACUGCCGCCGUGUGCAAUAAACCUCUCCAGUCGCUGUGGUCCGAGAGCCAAGAACUUUACAAGUCACCCACAACUCCGUCGACCCUUGAAUCUUGCCGCAGCCGUGAUUCUAGUGACGGUGUAAAAGAUAACAUUCAGGAAAAAACCAGAAGAAUACAUUCGUGUAGUAUCAGCUUCUCAUGCAGGAAAGCCCACUCAAGCAUUUUCUCAUUCGGCUUAUGUUACAGUCAUAGAUUACCUCACUUUGGGGUUUGUCACCUUUGUGUUUACAGAAAUCCGCCUUACAUUUCCCUGACAAGUGAAGUGUGUCCGUGCAUUGUAUAUAUACGCACCAUUGCCACAUUUACGGUCAACAGCACAUCUUUAUUAACUGUGAAUUAACUGAGGGAUAAUGUGCCAUACAUCCCAAGCUUACAAGUGGCCUAUUUAUUUUCUUAUUGUCUAGUGUGCAAUUUGACUUUGAACUGGGACAGGAAAAAAUGUUUUUUUUUUAAUGUUUGUUUGUUGUGUAACUGCUUCCACAUGUCUUUAGAAACUACUGUAGGCUUAGUAUCGCUCCGUGUUGUCAAGUGACCAUCCAUGCAGUUUUUGGUAUAAAACGUUUAUUUAAAAAAAACAAAAAAAUGUUUACAAAAAGAACUGCUCACCAUGCAUAGACUGAAUAUAUUUGUUGUUGUUUGAGGGAGGUUUUAGUGCCAAUUUAGUGCUUGUGGUAUAAAAAGUACAGAGCGGGGAGAAUGAAGGUUGGCAGGAAAGCAGCCAUUUAAAGGCUGAUUAAGUACAAAAAAAAAAAAAGAAAUUCAGGGCGGAGCGAUAGGGUCAUUGUGAUACAACGGAAUGUUAGGGCCACUCUGAAAAGACCCCAAAAAAAAAAAAUAAUAAUAAUACGAGGGGAAAAUAAGG